AUGGCCAAGGAAUUCUCUGAUCGCGAUGAGGUGUUUAGCAGGUUCAACAGUCAGCAAAAUGCGAAUUCGGAAUUGAGAGACAUCAUGAAGGAUUUGGUUGAUGCUGAUGGAACCGUUGAUGAUGAGGUUGAGAUGGAACCGGAACCCGCCGUGAAGACACCGGCCGUUCCAUCCAAGAUUGCUGAGAAGACUCCUGUUGAGAAACCACCAGUUAAACCGUAUCAGCCAAAGAUACCUUUUCCUCAACGAUUGAGGAAAGCGAAGAUAAAGGAAAAUUUUAAAAAGAAGAAGUUAGAAGAGGCACAGACAACUGUACUGAGUGCCGAGGUGUCAGCUAUCAUCAAGAAUGAGAUUCCUCCUAAGCUAGAAGACCCAGGGAGUUUUCUUAUCUCUUGUGCUUUUGGUGCUGUCUUGUAUAAGGCAUUAGCCGAUUUAGGGGCUAGCAUAAAUCUAAUGCCUUAUUCUGUGUACAAAAGAUUGUCUUUAGGUGAUUUGACCCCUACCCGCAUGAGCAUUAGGCUAGCGGAUCGUUCAUUCCAAUAUCCCAUGGGGAUAGCGGAAAAUUUGCAAAUUAGGGUAGGUCACAUGAUAUUCCCGGUAGAUUUUGUUGUUCUUGAAAUGGAGGCGGAUAUUAAUGUCCCUCUAAUUCUUGGCCGACCGUUCCUCAUGACCGCGGAUGCUAUCAUCCGUGUUAAAGCUAAGGAGAUUUCCUUAGGGGUUGGCGAUGACCGGGAUCGAUGUAGUCGAGGAAGAAGAUGUUUGGAAAAGGAGCUCAUGGAUUUUCUGGAUAUGGAGGGAGAUGAAGCAUUUCUAGCUUGUAGUGAAAAAGAACAAGAAAUGGUUGGUGAAAUGGUGCAGGAGAUCAUGGCGUCAAGUGUUGAUGAAACGCCACCGGAAGAUGACACUUUUGAAGAGAUCACCGUUAAUGAUAGAAGACGAGUGCUAACUUCGGUGGAGAACCCUCCCACCGAUUUGGAACUCAAGCCACUUCCGGACCAUCUAGAGUAUGCUUAUCUCGAAGGUACAUCUUUCUUGCCCGUUGUCAUUUCCUCCUCACUUUUGGAGGAUGAAAAGUCUAGACUUAUGACCGUCCUAAAGGCCAUAAAAAGGCCUUUGCAUGGAAAUUUCUGA